GGUUGCCAGGCAACAGCAAGCGGAAGCUGAAACAACAGUGUAGAAGACAGUGUGAAUUAACUUCAACAUUAGGAAAAGAGAGUAGUGAAGAGACAUGGCAACGCCAAGUAGGGCUAAAGAGAAAGAGCCUGUGGAUAUCGUUCACCAAAACGCUAUUCAUGUGGAGACAAUCCUGAAAGAACAGCGGUGUCAGAAGCUUUACACCGAGUUCACCAUCAAUCCUUUCAAAAAGUUGCAUGUUUUACCUGAUAAACCCAUGUCAAGAAAAAUGCACGAAGAGGUUGAGGAGGACCCUGCUUUCCUGAAGAUCAUUCAUGGAGCGCAUUCAGAACCAACAAAGAAGUACACUCAUCCAAUGACUGAGUCUCAAGAAAUUGGAUGGAUUUCUACUCCUCUGAUUGCUUCAGAUCGCACAGACAGAAGACUGAACUUCCCACGGCAGAAUUCUGAAGUCACCAAAUACAUGGAUGCUGCCUGGCGUCUGAAGGAACAAACUCAGAACCGUUGAUGAAAGAAGGCACAUUUUUGUUUCUUCUCUGUAACUGCCUCAGUAAUACAUUUAUUUGGAGUCCUAACCAUGCUAUCUUCACUAUAGAUCACCACAUCACAAUAAAUGAACUUAAGUA